UCGAAUACGAAACAUUUAGUCGAUCGCGACGCGUCCUAAGUGACGGACAAGCGUUAUUCCGUUCCAUCGAUACUGGCGUCGAUCGAGAACGUUGCAGUUAAACGACGCUAAACAACAACUCGGCCACCGUACAUGCCACGGCUUGUUACCACUACGAUCUAUUUUCAACGUGUGUUUACGUGGGAAUAAAAGUGACGCGGAAUAACCAUAUCAAAACGUGGAUAUUAAGGCAGAUAUUAAACGAGAAAUGAAGAUUGCCAAGCCAGGGAUGAACCUGAGAUUGUUCCUAUGGACCCUGAUAGGCUUGUUCGUGGUACUUGUUGGCUGCUUCAUGGCCAGCAUCUGCUUCUCUACAGCGGAUCUUUUAACGGUUCAACUUAGGCAAACUCUUCGCGAGGGUAUGAAAAGAUACUUCACAGAUGUGUCAUGGAAGCGAAAAAUAGACAGCAUGCAGGUUAACAUGCAGUGUUGUGGAAUAGAUUCGUCCGACGAUUGGCACAAGACAUAUUGGCUGCAACGGGAGUUUCUUGUGCUUGACUCGCCGGAUAUCUUGAGGUACGCGAAAGUGGAUGGUCGCGUGACACCGCCGGUGGUGCCGUGGAGUUGCUGCCGAAUCGACGUAAAGGGUCCGUGCUAUCACGAUCCUCUUCAGCUGCCAAAUUCGGAACAAAACUCCACUUACGACAGCCUAAACCCUCGGGGCUGUCUCGUCGCCAUCAAGAGCGUGCUAAACGGAACGCUCUAUUCCACCGUAGUCCUGAUCGCGUUUCUGUUUGUGUUACAGAUUUCGGUGAGCGUAUUGUCGAGGUUCGACUUCACUGCCGCGAGGAAUGCGGUGGCGCUUGGAGAUCGGUGGGCAGCUUCACCGGGUUGGCUCUAUGGCCGUCUGGAUUUUGGCUUAGCCAGCGGACCUAAUCUCUGCCAGAUCGAUCGGAUAACCAAAGCAUCGUGUAUAUAAUGCCGAUCAAUCGAAUACCAAGCAAAACGACGUUCUCUGCACCGUACUAGUAAAAAUGCUCGUUACAACGAUGAUGGAACGACAGUCUCAACAGAGAGAAAAGGAAGUCGAUGGAAGAAGAAUCGGUGUGGGGCUGGUGAACAGGAUGAAGGGAAGAGCUACAAAAGGCUGGAUAUCAUAAACGACAAUGAAACUCCCGAAGGAAGCUGGAACAAAGCGAGAUGGUGGCGGUGUAUACGUGUGCAGCUUUGAAAGGACAGUGACGACGUACAGCGUGGACGUUGGAUCGAGGAAGGAAAGAAGGAAAGAAAGAAAAGGGCAGAACGACACGCCGGGGGAUCGCUCGAGUCUCUCUGAUCGGUCAAUAACGAUUUCCCGGGAAUAUAAAUGUCUCCGCGAGCAGUCGUCCGGGCUGUUCGAUUCGGCCCGUGUCCGGCAUUGCCUUUUAAUCUUGUAGCUUUGCCUCUUUUAAUCUCGUUCCAUCGACCGGCUGCACCCUUCCAUGCCGCUCUUUCCCGUCCACUCGUUCAUUCGAUGCAAUUUCUCUUUUCGUACGUACGCUCGAAAUCAUCGCUCAUUCGACUGUACGAAAAAACCUGCUGGUUGCAUGAGAAUCGUUAAUCUUGACGGAUGAACCGAAGAUGGAACAUCGUUUCGAUGUAACGAUUGGAAAAUAGUAAUUAUUCGGUGUAUAAUCGCGUCUUGAUUCUGCUUAUCGAAUUAAUUUCAUCGGUCGCUUUCAAAUUGAGAACGAGUUUCAGGCAUAGAAAAUUCAAGAACCGUCUAAGCAUAAGCUAAAUCUAAGAAUCCUCAAUUCCUGUACUACUGUACCAUUUUCGAUAGGAUCGCGAUAAGAUUCCAAUUGCCUCUCACAUUCUCGCCAUCGAUAUUCCACCAAACUUCUACAGCUCUAAACGCACACCAACCUACUGAAACAAAAAUAUAAAUAAUACGUUUACCAACAUUUUCUUCGCUCUCCUUUUAUUAACGGAGAACCGAUUCGUCAAUCCGAUGAGAUCUUCAACGGAAGACAGUUCGAUUCUGAUCCAAAGACUUCAAUACCCGGGACGAUUCUUUGCUUUGGCCGAAAAAGAAGCUGUUCUCGGUGAGUGAAAUCGUACCUUAAAGUACACGUAUUCAUACGUAACUUCGAAUCUUCUUCAAUUUUUCCGAUGAUAUACCUCUAAACGCCUCGAAACGAUACUAUGCGCAAAGCUUCUUCCGGUUCUUCCUCGAGCUAUCUUUUACAGGCUUCGAAACGAUGUAUCGGUAAAGAGAAAGAUUGCAGCGAAGAUUUGGAAGAGUAGAUUCGUCUCGGGGCAGACUGAAUUUCCUCGAGGGAGAAAUUGUUGCAGGCAGCAGCCUCGACGGUGCUUUCAUCAGCGACAGAUUUUUCUCGUCGAACGCUAAACUUGCGGGGCGAGGUGUGACGCGCGUGCGAGGGCCUGUAAAGCUGGCUUUUGUCACUUUCCCUGGCUCGUGCAUCGAAAAUCCACGCCCUUUGACGCCUCUGAAAAGUUGCUGCCGACAGCGAUCAGGUUUGACGAGCAAUCGACACCGAUAAUCAAAGGUUCGUUCUUUUUUCCUUUGCCACUGAACAAUUUUUACGUAGAACGCAAAAAUUCAAUUACACCACCUGAACCACUCAAGCUUGCAACAUUUUUCUUUUUUCUUCCGUCUUUUUUUUUUCCUCUCCGCGUUUAGAAGUAACUUAAACAGCCAAGAACCAUUCUACCAUUUACGAUGCAGCGCUAUUGUUAGAAAAAAUGAAGUUUCUGUGCGCGGCUCUUACCCGAUAACCGCAAUUUAUAUUAUAAGCA